CUCAGGGUCUGCGUCACACACACCCCAGCUCUCCUGACGGGUCUCUGCACUCGCUGUUGCCUCCGCCUGGAACAGUCUUCCUGCUGGUGUCAGUGUCUCCGUGGUGCGUCCUUCCUGACCUUCCACCUCCACCAGUCUGUCCCCACCGGGGACAGGGACUGGUCACUCAUGUUCAUCCGGCAGACCGGACACUUCGUAGAGGGCUCCAAAGCUGGCACAUCCCGGGGCCUCCUCUGUCUCUCCCAGGCCCUGUGUGUUGCAGUGAGAGGAGCAUUUGUGUCUCUGUGGUUUGCUGCUGGAGCUAAUGACCUGGACAGAAACAAGGGAGACAAGGGUGUCCAGACAGGUGCGGGGCUCAGCCAGGAGGCAGAAGAUGUGGAUGUGUCCCGGGCGGCGCCACCAGGCACUCUGUAUGGCACUGGGAACAGGAAUUCUGAGAGUUAGUCUGUAAGCGUGGCGGGCAUUGCUCCCCUGGGAGAAGCCUUUCCAGUGGGCGCUGAGCAGGCUGUUAGCUCGUGCCCUGAGGAGGUGCGUGGGUGGCCUGGGGUCUCCACGGAAAUUACACGGGCGCGCAUGGGUGUGACUCUGUGUUCAUGUGGGCGAGGACUUCUGACCGGUGCCAGGGCACUCUGCAUGACCCUGGCAGAUUCAAGCUGCCCCGACUGUGGAAGGGGAAGAAGAGCAUGCGUGACCCCCCACCAGCACCGCACCCCACACUGCUCCACCUGGGUGCCUCUGGGGGUGGCUGGGUCCUGGCUGACUGUUGUGACAGUUGAGGCCAGGGGUGGGUGGGGCAUGGGAGUUAAGAGGACUGGCCAGGUGGGGCACACCGUGUGCCCACCCCCAGUGUCAGGAACUUCCCUCCUCCUCCACUCCCUCGUCCUCCUCCUCAUCAUCAUCCUCACUUGUUGAGGACGUCCUGUGUGCCAGGUGGUUUAUAUGCCCAGCCUCAUUUAAUCCUCAGAAUAACUCCAUGAGGUAGCUACUAAACCCCCCCAUUUAACAGAUGAGGAAACUGAGGCCCAAAGAAGCUCAGCAAGUUGCCUAAGGUCCAAGUUUCCUCUCCCAACUCUCCUACCCUCUCCUCUUCCUUCUCCUCUCUUCCAUUCUUCCCUGCCUCUUCCUUAACUAGACAAUUUUUUAUCGAGCAUCUCCCAGGUGCAGGCAUGAGCCAGGUGCUGGGAAGAUCACGAUGAUCCAGCUCCUUCUGGUCCUUUCCUUAGCUGGUUAGAGGCUGGAAGGACACGCAAGUUCAGCUCCAGCCGACUGGGGCACUGGUGGUAGCCCCUGGAGAACUUGUGCAAUGGGGCUAUGAGGCUGAAUCUGGCUCCAGGAAAGCAUGUUGCAAUCCACGAGUGAUGUCUGCCAUGCGCACAGGCAUGGAGAGUGAGGCACCUGUGCUGUCUUCUCGUAGACCCUAGACUGGUGGGGCCUCUGAAACGCACCCAGACACUGUGCUGGGUGUGCUGCGUGGCCCUCCUAACCAAUUCAGUAUUUUUCUCUCCAUUUUCUGGGGAGAAAUCAGAAUCUAAGGUGUCAGAAUGUAAGGUUCCUGUUGGAACCCAGGCUCCAGGGUCCCUGGUUUUCUGUGACAUCAUGCUGCAGGACCCUGUUUCUCUCUUUGCUUUGGCUGCUGGGUAGCUCGGAAGGGAGCUUUAGGCUUGCUCUCAGCCACUACAUUAGCUCAGGGGUUUGGGCAUUUUUGUCUCCGGCUCCUUUGGGCUCUUUGUCCUCCCUGCUGUGCUUCCCGAGGAGCAGGGCCGGAUGUAAGUUAUCAGCUAUAAAUAAAACCAAGACUUCCGUUCUGGCUCUCA